AUGCCACCGAGCAGCAGCUUGCCAACACAGCUGGUGUGCCUCCGUAUUACAUUUGACGAGGAUUCCACUAGUGGUGCUGGGGUCAAUGGGCUGGAGAGGUUGACAUCCUUAGAGGAGCUGUUAAUUGUUAGGAUGUUUAAAUGGAAGCAGCUACGGAGCCUGAGGGAGCUCAAGGUGCUCACUGCUGGUAUUUCAGUGGAUAAUGGUGAGGAGAGCAACGGAGAUUUUGUUGAGUCAGUAAGCCAUCUUGACAAGCUCCAUCAUCUAACACUUACAGCUGUUGAUGGUAGAAUCACUUGGGAAGUGGCGGAACCUGUGCUCCCACCAUGCGUCAACCCAUCAGGCUUUCCUAACCUCUGCCACCUCGACUUGAUGCUAGAAGACAUGGAUGAGCAGGACCUGAGAAACCUCGGCGUGCUGCCGGAGCUCCGUUUUCUUAAGCUGAAACUAAAAGGGUGCUCAGUCUCAAUAAGCAAUGUUAAUAAUGGCAAUAAUCUAGUCUACUUCCCAAAGCUGAGGUGCUUGAAACUGACGGAUUCAAUGGUCUUGUUUGUAGCCAACAGAGAAGACAAUAAGAACAAGGUUUCGUUGCAUCUGUGGGAUGGAGAGAGCGACAUCUUAGCCGUGCCUGAUGAGCUGAAGAGGCCUAUGCCGCCCUUUGCUGCCUCUAAUGGCGGAAAUGAGGAGGAACCCAUUUAUUAUGGCAGAAGAAGCACAGCAGCAGCAGGACCUCGUUUCAUGCCAAGCCUCCGAGAGCUUCAUUUUCGAGUCUACUGGCAGGCAGCAUGGGACCGUGGCUACUUGCAGAACUUCAGGUUGGAUUACCUCUCGACCCUCCGGGAAAUCCAAGUUGGUCUGUGGUACCUUGAUAGGGUGGGGAAAAUGGAGGCACUGCUCAAGCGCACCGCCGAUGAUCAUCCUAACCGUCCUGCUCUGCACAUUUUGGUUGGUGGUUCUCCGGGAGGGCGGGGAAAGUUGCUUUAUCAAGGAAGAAAUGGUGGCAUGCAUGCAUGA